AUGAAGAAGCAACGGAUUGUUAUUGCGGGCGGUGGCUUAGGAGGCUUAGCCGCAGCGUGCCGACUAGCGCGCGACAACCACAAGGUCGAUCUAUAUGAGAGAUCCGAGACCCUGUCAACGGCCAGCGGCGCGAUCUUUGUGAGAUCCAAUGGCGUAAGGUGUUUUUAUCGUUGGCAGAUGCGAGAGGCCUUCGAAGCCGUGACUGCCCCGAUCAAGCAGCACGAAACGCGCAACGGAAGCACGAAUGAGGUCCUGCAUCGACUGAAUCCAGGGGUCUACUCGGAUUUCCCAGAGUGGUCGACAGAUCGCCAAGCGCUACAGAGUGUUCUCUAUGAAGAGGCUUGUAAGGCUGGUGCUAGGCUGCAUUUUGGGAAUGAGAUUGUUACGGUUGACGAGGAUGACCAUGUCGCCUAUGCAACCUGCAAAGAUGGCACUAAAAUCACCGCAGACUUGAUCUUGGCUGCCGAUGGAAUAUCCUCCAGAUUACGCUCGCAGGUACUUGCGCAUGUCGACCCAGCCCGUCUCACCGUGAUCCGGGCACCUUCCACUCACUACCCAACUGAGCUUUCUACCGAAAUGCUCGCUAAUAACGACAAGACCAAGUCUAUCUGCGAACAGCCCGAGUCAGAGAAUGGCAUCAUGUGGGCUGGCCAUGGCGGAUACGCUAUUGGCAAGUAUAACCAUCUUCGCGGUCUUUUCAAUCUGAUGUUCUCAAUUCAACACGGCGCUGCGGAUAGUGCUUCUAGCGAACAGAGGCUUUUCGACGCCACGAGCGAUACUCAGGUUGUCAGGGAGUUCUUUGCAUCGUUCCACCCCACAGUUAAGGCUAUGGCAGACAUGGUGCAGCAUUGCUCGCGUUGGCGGUUGGCUAGACUGGAACCUUUGGAUACAUGGUCGAGUCCCAAGAAGAGGCUUGUACUUCUGGGAGACUCAGCCCAUGCCAUGUUGCCCAACCUGGCUGAAGGGUUCAGUUCCAUUGUCGAGGAUAUCGAUGCGCUGUCCAUGCUGCUUUCAGAGAUCGAAGAAGACAUGCCUGGUAUCAUUAAGAUGUGGGAGAAAGUUCGUAUCCCCAGAGUGACAAGACUUCAAAACGGCUCGACGUGGAACUACCAGCUGUACAACUCUGGUAAACCGCCGGGAUCUGAGUUAACUGAGGAGGAGAGGAACUUACCAAUGGGUGAGGGUGAUGGCAAUGCGCCAUUUAAUACUCCGCCUUUUGACAAAUGGAUGUUUGACUACGAUGUGGCGAAAGAGGUCAAGCUUGCAAUGAGAAAAAUUCAUUCCUAG